AUGCCACGAAAAGUCGCUCCAGUCAGCCACAACCCGCCCUGCCCCGAAGAUGCAUUUCACGUCGACGACAUCAGGGUCUUUGGCCUUGCGGCCUAUAAGGCAGUCGUUGCGCAACAGGACAUUAUACAAACGGGACGAGAGGCCUGCAACACCAUCCUGUCCUCUGUGCUACCGCGCGAUGUCGCCCCGACCGUCACAAAUUUCCUGUUGUCUGGCGCCCGCGGGCUCACCAAGAAGGACAAGGCCAUCUUGUACAACUGCACGGCGCUUCGGCGGGUGGAGCGACAAUGGGGCAUCGAGGACAUAGGCCGCUAUGGCUGGCACCGCCAUGGCAAGACGUUCUGCGACAGCCUGCGCACCUUGUCGAAGCAGCUCGCGUGGACAGAGGCGGCGCCGCUGGUCCGGCGGGUCAUGUUCGACGGGGACGUCGGGCAGCACGGCGCAAAGGCGCUGGACCUGUCGCUGCAGCUGUGCCACGUCGAGACGAUUCGACAAAACCCGGCGAGCAUUACGCCGCUGGCUGGCAUUGCCGACUUGCCGCCCGAACAGCAAGACAACUUCGAGCUGGACAGACACGGCUUUCUGCAGCGGUCCGUGGCCGGACAACGCAGAUGGCUCCAGAACGAGGCACUGCGAUUCAGAGUGCGGCUCGACGACCAGUCCGUGGCCCACGUCGCCGCCGACGGCGCGUUGUCUGAGGUGGCUGUCAAUGUCUUUUUGCAGCACCUCACGCGCCACGCAAAAGCAGACGCAAAGGUCCUCUUUCGACGGGCAGCGGCGGGGAAAGACGACCUCUCGGGCGUACUGACCAUCAGCGACACGGAACGGCGCUUCUUUGACUCGGUCGCCGCGCCGUUUCGGUGCCAUGGCUGGUGGUACGUGGCUGUCUGGCCCGACGUGCGUCGCGCGCAGAGAACGGUGCUCGCUCUGUCGCAAAACGCUCCCCGCCGCCCGCUGCAGUGCCCGACGGAGACGGACGUACUUGUGCUCCCCGAUGCGGCUCACGACAAGUUUGCGAGCAACUUCCUCGUCUUUCCUUGUCUCCGCGCCGUUGUGGCCGGUCUCGCCCGGUUCAACGGCGCAAUACAACGUCACCAAAUCUGCUGCAGCACCGAUGUGCCGACUGUGGUCGCCGAGGUCAAGGAGAUUGUGGCAGCAUCGAUUCUCCGAUCACGCCAGGACAAGGCACGCGUGGAACACGAUGCUGCUGCAAAACAGACACGAGACGCGGCAGAAGCUCCCGCAAGGCUGGAUUCAGGCAGCUCGACGCGAGACAAUCAUCUCGAGCUUCUAAAAGGACUGCCGGCCCAGCAUGACUUGAAAACCCUCGACGACGGGCAGCUGCUCAACGACGCCAUCGUCAACUUUGGCCUCUACACCAUCGGCAAGCGACAUCCGAACAACACAUUUUUCUUCAACUCGUUUCUCAUAACGAAUUGGCAGCUCCAGAGAGGAAAAGUGCAAGGACAGCCGUCCUGCGCCAAAUGGACAAAAGGCACGGACCUCACCUCCUACGACUGCAUCGUUGUACCGAUCCAUGACCCGGACCGUGUCCAUUGGCUCGGCGCCAUCUUGUGGCGCAACACACCAAAAGCGUCGACGAAGAAGAAUGCCGACUGUGCUUUCAAGCUCACCAUACUUGAUUCACUCGGCGCGAACGCAAGUGGACACGACGCGUACCGCGCUGCUGUCAAGGCAUGCCUGGCUCCCAUCCGCAUCAUCGACCAACCGGCGGCUCGUGUGCCGCAGCAGACCAACGCCUGGAGUUGCGGGGACCAUUUGCUCCGCAACAUUGACUCUGCCCUGCGCAGUCUGCGCGAGUUUACCAGGGCCGUGGCCAAGGGUGCCAGCCUGGAGUGGGAGAGGGAGAUGGACGAAAAGAACCAACGUGCCACCCUCAAAAAGGCCGCGGAGGAAACCCUCAAGGAAAACCCCGACGAAACACUAAAGGCAGGCGACGCGGCAACCGAGUCUACGAAUACCACACGCAGCGGAGCUUCCGCUUCCUGUGCGGACCUGUCAGUCGUACUCGACACGACCAGCACCGGUGGCAUAUCCGGGACGGCUGCAGACGAGGCCGUGUGUCAGGAGGCCAGCGUGGCCGAAAUCGUCGACGGCUUGCGCGAUACGCGCUUCUUGGCCCUCGCAAGACGAUUGUUCACCGCAUACCAGUCUUCGAGUCUGUCCAAGGCAUACGACAUCGAAGCAAUUAUCCAAUCCGCAGAAAGCAGUCCACCCACGCAGUCGACGCCGUCCACAUCCGUCCCGGUUACACCAACGGCAGCGGCGGUGGCGGCCGGCCAAAAUAAGAGGAGAGCGCCGGAGACAUUCCUAGCGCCUCAAAGAGGACCAAAGCGACUGGUUGCGGAGCCGUCGCCCGGCGCAGCGGCGCGCUCUGCCUCGCUUCCUCCACAGAGCUCGGUCGGCAUUUCCGGCCUCCCCUCUCCUCCGCCAUCCGACAGCUGGCGCCCAAGUACCAAUACGGAUCACUGUCUACCUGCUCUGGGCGUCGACGGCAGCAGCACCGGCACAUGCAGAACCCAAGCAACACUGCAUCUACCGUUUGAUCCAGUACAUGAAUCGUCCGGUGGGGCGAAGUCGGCAACAUCGGAAAGGUCGACCACCGACACCCCGACCCCAUGUCCUUCCUGGAACAUUGACGUCUCGUUGACCGACUAUGAUGUCGAUAUUGCCAACAAUCACCAGUAUCUCUGCUAUAAGCGCCCACCUCUCCCUUCGUUGGUUAUCUAUGAGGAGGCCGUCCGUUUCCUCAAAGAAGGAGGAGGAGGAGGAGGAGGAGCGACGACGGGGUGGAUCCAUAAGAUCUUGUCCGAGGUGCCCACUGUGUGCAACUGUCCCAAGGAGUUGUAUGAAAUGUCCAAAUGCAUCGACCGGGGCCAGCAGCUCGUGGAAGCGGGCCAGGAGUUUUUGCCAGACAGUGGCAGCAUCGGCGAGCACAUUUACAUGCGAACACAGGAAGCAGGGCGGGCCAACGUGUUUGCGGACGAUGCGUGGCGGUGGGAACAGGCUGUCAUUGGUAUUCCGAAGCGAGGGCCGUUUCUGUUUGGAUGUACUUUUCCUCGGGAUGGGCUGUCUCUCCGUGUCUUGCAAGAAUGGGACGGGAUCGGGACCGUCUACCUCGCUCCGCGACACGAUGGCCAUGUGUUGUUCAUGGUAUCGAUUUCUCGGGAACCAGGAUACACGCUGGCUCUGAGCCUGCUCGUCGUUAAUUGA